GGUGUUAUAAAUAUGGGAGAGAGGCAAUCAAGACUCACAACUAGAGAGAGAAAGCUCCAAAUUCAUGGCAACAAUGGCUUCUUGCAAUUCUUCCCUUCUUGCAAUUCUUCUCUUCAACCUUCUCUUCCAAGGUUUUUGUCAGUGUGAACUAAAAGAUAUAACGAUCGGGACAGAAAGGACGCCUGCACAAAUAGAAGGUAAACAAGAAUGGAACGUGAGUUUCAUAAAUACAUGCAAAUGCCCUCAGCAAGCCCUUACAGUCUCUUGCGACGGUUUUCAAUCUGUCGAGAAAGUUAAUCCAGAUAUCUUUGCACGUGUCGGGAAUAAUUGCACCGUUAAUGGAGGCCGUCCGAUUGCACCUUUCGCGACGGUCCAGUUUCUUUACGCUUGGGACCCUCCUUUUAUUUUCGUGCCAAUUUCUUCUCAUGUCGAUUGUGGAGGGGCUUUUAAGUAAUUUUACAAAAUGAUUGGUUUAUUUUUGCAUUAAAAAAAGUAGUUUGUGGUUGCAUUUAUUGUAAUAUAUUUUGUUAAUCGACUCUUUAUAAAAAAAAAAAAAAAAACCACGUAAAGACCUUUUACUUAUUUUACUAAAGAAAUCAUUUUAUGUAGUC